CGCCUCGCCAGGCCUUCCCUUCUUUCUCUUGCCACCAAAGUCUUCCCCGUCACGCCUUAAAAACAAGACUAACAACCAACCCAACUCUGAUGAUCACGCCCCAAACGAGCACUCGCACGGCUGAGGAGUAUACAGGCUGCUGUUUACUCCUUGCGUCAGGACUUGAUCGCCCAUCAAUAUUCUAAAAUCCUUUCACAUCGCAUCGCAUCACAUCACGCCAUACCGUAUCCCGCUGCUCCGUCACUUGCCACAUACAUACACAUCUUUCUCCACUCUGAGGACAACAACAACCCGACAAGCGUUGAAUCUAUCCUUGUACGGAUUCUUUGCGAAUCCUCGGCCAGCUGAGUCGGUCUCGAAAGCAACAGAAUUCUCAUCAGCCUCGAAGCAAUACCUGGGGAGCAACUUCGCUCUCAGCCAACAGCCAGGCGGGCCAACAGACUCAUCGCGCCUAGGCCCGGAAACACCAGAGAACCCUGCGUGGUAAUAAUCGUGCUCGUGAAAAAGUACAAAUGCCAUCACGGGUGUCGCUUCCGACCAAGAAGCCCGUGGUACUUGAAAAACAGAAACCAACGCCGCCUCUUGAUCCGAUGCUUCCUCCGGUUCCAGUUCUCUCCGAUUAUGGAGUCUCUCCAACCAAUGGGUUCCUGCCGGAUGUCUUGCCCCUGUCGAGGCUCCCAGACCCCUACUACAACAAAUGGGAGGCCAUCGCCACCAACCUCCAGGCCUUAAUUCUUAGCAAGCGUCUGAGGGCCGUUGUCGACCGCCUCCCCGUCCUUUCCACUGUUGGCUUGGAACACGAGUCGGAAUGGCGGAGGGCCUACUCGAUUCUGUGCUUCAUGGCACAUGGCUACAUCUGGGGUGGUGACAGCCCCGCGGACCGCCUGCCGGUCCCGCUAGCCGUGCCGCUGCUGCAGAUCGCCGAGCACCUUGAGCUGCCGCCCGUUGCCACCUACGCCGCCGUCUGCCUGUGGAACUUCAAGCCGCUCUUCGUCGACGAGCCCAUCGAUAGCCUAGACAACCUCGCCACGCUCACCACCUUCACUGGCUCCCUGGACGAGUCGUGGUUCUACCUGGUGUCGGUCGCCAUCGAGGCCCGCGGCGCCCCGGCCAUCCCCAUCAUGCUCGAGGCUAUAGCUGCCGCGCGCCGCCGCGAUGUGGGCGCCGUCACCCGCUGCCUGCGCGCCUUUGCUGAGUGCCUUGAUGAAGUUGGGACGCUCUUGGCGCGCAUGCAUGACAGCUGCGACCCCACCAUCUUCUACCAUCGCAUCCGCCCGUUCCUAGCCGGCAGCAAGAAUAUGGCCGACGCCGGCCUGCCCCGCGGCGUCAUCUACGAGGACGGGUCCGGCGCCGAAGAGUACCGCCAGUACAGCGGUGGCAGCAACGCCCAGAGCAGCAUCAUCCAGUUCUUCGACAUCGUCCUGGGCGUCAGCCACCGGCCCACGGGCGACAAGGCGUCGCCGCCGUCGCCGUCGCCCGACGACCCCGCCCAGCAGCCCCGAGGCCGCCAGCCCGCCGCCCCAGCAGCCGCGGCCCGGCAGCACAACUUCAUCCAGGAGAUGCGCCGCUACAUGCCCGGCCCGCACGCGCGCUUCCUGGCCGACGUGGGCGCCGUGGCCAACAUCCGCGAGUUCGUCGAGCUCCGCGCCGCCGCCGGGGACCGCGCCCUGGGCCUCGCCUACGACGCCUGCCUCUCCAUGCUCAGCGCCAUGCGCGACCGCCACAUCGCCAUCGUGACGCGCUACAUCGUCGUGCCCUCGCGCGAGGUCCGCGCCCGCAGCCGCUCCCGCUCCCCCGAGGCCGCCCGCCGCGUCGUCGUCAACCUCGCGACCGCGUCGAGGGCCGCCGCCGGUCCCGCCGCGGCGGCCACGGCGACGACAGGGGCUACGGCGGGGCCCGGCAAGGGUGGUGCCCUCAAGGGCACGGGCGGCACGGCGCUAAUCGCCUUCCUGAAGCAGGCGCGCGACGAGACGGGCGAGCCGGCCGUCGAGCAGUGGACCCGCCGCUUCAUGAAGCGCGCCGCCCGUUCCGACGGGAAGGGUGCGGGCGACUUCUUCCUCGGCAAGCAGGACGACGACUUUUGUGUCGGCGCCGAGACGGAGCAGGUCCAGGUCAAGGGCCUCGCCGGACUUUGGACCAUGGAGGACGAGGUCGGUGGCAUUUGCAACUAUUGAUGCGUUUGUUGGAUUCUCGUUCUGAGGAUACCCGGUGUGUUUUCCCACACGUCCUGGGACAUGGAACCAUGAUCCCGAAUUGGGGCGCUAUGAAUACAAGCUAGAGGCAACCGGAACUUCGAUGAAUAAGAAGAAGGGCUACCAGGUAUCACCUACAAAUCUCUUACACAUAUUCCCCAAGGGGCAAGUACCCAACCAUCUCAUCCCCCUCGGCCAUUGUUAUCCAUCAGACAUGUGCGGGAUUCGCGCUCCCCUCUGCCUCUCGCAUGUAGUAAAGCCCUUUGGUAAUGGAUAAAAAGACUUUGCAAGCUGCGAAUAAAACGGCGAGGGCAAAACCGCACAUACACGUGUUGUAUUUGGGCGAUAGAGUGUAGAGAGGAAGAACAAGAAAACACAAUAGAAAGGCGAGUCGGAUAUGGGUUGAGCAUCUCGGCGGCAGAUGAUCAUGAGGCCCCGUGUUGCGUGUCGGCACAGUCAAGACUCAACUGGACUCGGCGCCGCCACCUAGCUGCCAGUAGGCUUGACCACAUCCCGCGUGGUAAACUCCUGUGUGAAGAUGCGCUGCCACAUUUCCAGCCACUUUUCGUGUUGCGGAGUCGGCAGCUUGCCUGGGUUCUUGAACGAACGCGUCAACAGCUCCCGUAGCCGCGCCCGAAGGGCCUUGAUCGCCAACAUCGUCUUCCAGUCAGGCGCCGUAAAGCGUGCCCGGUUGCCGUCCAUGACGAAGACACCCGAGUACAUCUUUAGGGGACAACAAAUGUUAGUACUGGAGGGUAUAAGCUCAGGGGCGGAGGGAAGCUGGUGCCUUACGUCACAUCGAACGUCGCCGCAGAGAAGCGCGAUAGGGAAAGCCUCAACGGCUGUGGUCUCGUGCGCGUUCAGGAACCUAAAAGUCGACAUAAACCCAAUUUUUAGCAACCAGUUGGCUUUUUUUUCAUUUGUGCUUUAACCCGUUUCCGCUCAGUCGUCAAGUUGACC